ACCACUGCCUCGUAUCCCUUCGAUAAGGCCAAUGCAGACAUCAUCCUCCGCACGUCCGAUCACGUCGACUUCCACGUCUACAGCCAAAUCCUUAUGGCUGCGUCGCCGUUCUUCGAGAGCAUGUUCGAGGUUCCACAACCCCCUGUCGACCAACAGCAGCUGAAGUACGGCCGCCCUAUCAUCGAUAUCAGCGAAACCAGCAAAGCCCUCGAUCCAUUGCUCCGUAUCUGCUACCCCAUCAACAAGACGAAGGAGCGAUCCCUCGAGGAGAUCGAACUUGCUCUCAGCGCUGCAUUGAAAUUCGAGAUGGAAUUGCCUAUUACGAUGCUAACGGAGGAACUCGACGCUCUUGCUCCAUAUUGCCCGCUCGAGAUCUGGGGCGUCGGAUGCAGGCUCGACCUCGAAAGCGUAGCGUACUGCGCUGCGCAGAAUAUGUCGCUUGCACCUCCUGACUUCACUGUUUUGGGAGACAUGAGUGGGAUCACAGCUGCAGACUAUUUCCGCCUUCGCGAAUACCACCGGCUGCAGCGCAAGGUUCCACGGGGGUUCAAGUUCCUCAACCCCCACGCAACUUCCCUCCGGCAUUCCCUUCUGCCAUCGUUACGGCCGUUGUCCGAAAUGGAGGGUUGUGUGCUUGCGGAGAACCCCGCCCCCGAUCUCAUUUGCCGCUCUGAGGAUGGCAUCGAAUUCCGUACUCAUACGACCGUCCUUUCCCUUGCAUCGCCAUCGCUACGACAGAAGGUUGUUGCUGCUGUAAAGCCCCUGCCGAAGGGAGGGUCUCACGAGGAAUCCGCACUCCCCGUUGUACAAUUUGACGAAGCCGCGAUUGUGUUACACGCUAUGCUUCGACUCAUAUAUCCCUCCCCUUCCGACGUCUCCCUCCCCAAGGAUGUCGGGGAUCUCACAGCGGUCCUUGUCUCCAUAGACAAAUAUAGCCUCGAUUCCGAACAGCCCGCCGUAUGGUCCUUCUGGCAGGCCAUUGCCUCUACAGACGCUCUUCGCGCAUACUGCCAUGCAAUUCGCGCCGGCCAUAUACUUAGCGCGAAGGAGGCUGCUCGAUGCAUGCUGAAUCAGGUCCUCGACGGAGUGUACGUGGAGGAACUAGAAAGCACCCCUGCCCUCGCGUACCAUCGCCUCCUCCUCUACUACGAGAAGUGUCGC